AUGACGUCUGUGGGGUAUGGCGACUUCGGGCCAAGGAAUAUUCUGGAGAGAGUUGUCUGCACCGUCAUUGUCAUGGUCUCUGGCUUGCUGUGGGCCUACGUCCUGGGACAGGUUUGCGCUAUCGUGGCAGACAUAAAUGCCGAGAGCCAGGGUUUCAAGCAGAAGAUGCACCAUCUGAACCAAAUGAUGCACACCCAAUCCAUCCCGCAAGAGCUGCAGCGCCGCGUUCGGAGCUUCUUCCUGCACAACAGGAAUCAGGCGCUCUUCGUCACGCAGCAGCAGCUCCUGGAAAACAUGAGUCCACAGUUGCAGGCAGAAGUCUGCACCGCUCUGACAUUACCCUGGCUGGAGAAGGUGACCUUCUUCGGGCAGUUCAUGCGCUUGAUCCAAACCUUGGAGACCCGUGGAGUCCACACAAUGCGCUACCGCGCCUGCAUCGCGGAUAUCUCUCGACAGCUCUUGCCCGUGGCUUUCGCGCAGCAGGAGAGUUUCGAUAACGUGCAGGAGCUUUUCAUCCUUUCGAAGGGCUUGGUCGCCCUGAACAGCAGGGUGGAAGGCGGCGGAGCAGUCUGGGGCGAAGAUUUCGUCCUCUCGGAUACGUCUUUGAUAAGACCCGUGGCAGGCUAUGCUCUGACGUACAUCGAGGUGUUGAUGCUCACACGUGAGCGUUUUAUGGACGUCAUCGAGCGACGGAAGCUCACAUGCCCUCAGCUCUCGAUGAUCGUGCGUCGCUACUGCGUGCGUGUGGCCGUGCCUUGGGCUGCUGGUGCACAGGGCUUGGAGGUGUUUGCCGGGCUUGUGAAGUGA